AUGACCGGGAUCGGCAUCACUCUCAGUCGAGAGCAGUUUGAAUAUGCCACGCACCAAGCUGCUGCUCGCGGGUUGGCGGACAAGGCAGAGUUUCGUCUGCAGGGAUGGGAAGAGUUUGAUGAACCGGUCGAUCGCAUCUCCGUCAUUUGCGCGAUGGAACACUUUAAAGAAGAGCGCUACGCCGCUUUUUUCGAAAAGUGUUUUCGGCUCCUGCCAGCCCGCGCCCCGAUGAUCAUCCAAGCCAUUGUGUUUCCGAAUGGGAAGUCAUUCGUGAUAAGGGCCUGGCCAGUACGCACGAAGGAGUGCUGUUUCGCGAAAUUCAUCGCCAAGAAAAUAUUCCCUGGCGGGCAAUUGAGAAUGCCUUCAGUCAUCUGUCGCUACGCAAAAGAAGCCGGCUUCGAUGUAACGCGAAUUCACUCUUUGCAGCCGCACUAUGCCCGGACACUGACGUGCUGGGCGGAUCGGUUAGAGGCCGCUCGCGAUCGAGCAAUCGAGCUGACAUCGAAAGAUACCUACGACAUGUACAUGCACUACUUGCGCGGCUGUGCCGCGUACUACCAGAGUGGCCACAUGGAAUUGGUUCAAAUAUCCUUGACCAAGGGUGCUUGA